GAGGGACGGUGUUCGUAAUCAAAGGGGCAAUCCGCGUUGCGGCCGCGCCGUGGAAGAAAGUCAGCCUACCGAGCGGCUCAUCAGUCCGGCACGGUGCGGUGUCCCGAAUGCACGUUGAACCAUCGAUUUUUCGCGCGUUCCCUGCCACGUGAUUCCGUUCCGAGCAGCACGCACGCACGCAGCGACCGCACGCAGCGAACGCACGUUCGUUCACCGGCACCGAGCACCGGAACCCACCAGUCCCGGACUCCGGAUUAACUUCCGAAGCGAUACGUCUCUCGAUCUCGGCGGUUCCGCGACGCCGCGAAACAGCGAUCCGUCGAACGUCCAUCGAACGUCCAUCGAAUCUCGACAGAAAUAUUCGCGCGCGUGCAAAGGGAAUAUUCUACUGGAGAACGCACGUGCGAGCUGUCAAGAGACACGAGUGCGCGAGAGGAUUAAAAAAAAAAACGUGAGGCCGAGUCCUGUACGGAGUGUUGCACGGGCCGUGGUAACGAUCGAAGGAUUUAGCAAUGCCUAUGAAUGGGAGUGGCCAGCAUUCCAGUGGAGCGUAAAGAUCAGCGAACUUGCCAUGAAUUAAGAUCAACCUGGAAAAUGGAUAUCGCCAAGGGCACAACGGAGGAGUUCGUGACGGUGGUGAGCGUCGGCAGCCAGCCGAUGUCGGAGAAUUUCGUGACCGUUCUGUCGAUCGGAAAUAGAAAGAAGGACGAUGAGGAGUCGUCGGCGGCGAGUAAGAAUCUGGUGAACGGCGUGGACGGCCAUCUCGAGGAGGAAGUCGAGGUUUUCAGAUUGCCCGGGGAACGUCUGGGUUUCGGAUUGAAAUUCGAAGGCGGCAACAAGACGUCCGAGAGAGUCAGAAGGCUGUUCGUGCAAAGCUGCGCGGAGCAAAGUCCGGCCAGUAGAGCGAAAUGUUCGUGGGGCACCUUAGGCGAAGGGGACGAGGUACUUUCGAUCGACGGUAUACCGGUGACACACAUGACCCGGUUGGACUGCGUGAGAAGAUUGAAGGAGUCGCAAUUGGUCAUCAGGCUGAUGGUGAGAUGCCGCGGCGCCCUCAGACCGGAAGUGGUGAGCGCCGAGAGGAAAAUUGAAAGAAAUAAAGUGCCACCGGAAUUACCGCCGGCACCGCCGCCGGUGCCACCGAGGAAGCUGAGACAUCCUCGAGGAUCUGCGGAUGGCGAGGCGAAUCCUAGUCCUAUUAAAAAAUCAUGGGACAGUCCGAAAUCGCAGAAUGGAGUGCAAAAUGGAUCGCAGAACGGCUCGCCGGGCUCGCAAUUACAAUGCGUGACUAAAAUAAACUCGUAUGAGAGUUGCGAGUCCUCGCCGAGAAGUGUCAAUGGAUCGAAUCAGGAAAGCCCGAAGGAAUCUCUAAAGGACCGCCCGGAAUUCGCGAAAUCGAAGCAGGAACCGCCGGAAGCGAUGGUUUAUCUGGACGCGCGGUCGCAAUGCGGUUCCACGCAUGGCAGUACGUCCGACGACACCGGCAGCUCCAUGUCCACCGUGAUGGAUAGAUUCUCGACGUCCGAUCGCGUGUCGACCAUCUCCACGACCUCCACGGCGUCGACCGCCGGUUCCGAGCAGCCGAACGAAUUCUCGAGCGUCGAUCGCGACUCGGACCGGCCGUCCGAUCAGGACGUGCUGCUGUCGCGAGCGAUCUGCCCGCUCGAGCAUCUCGAGCGGGACUUCUCGAAUCCGCCCGAUUAUCUGCUCCGCCGUCUCGCCAGUUCCGAGGCAGUGACGCACGUGGAGUCGCGGGGCGAGGUCGAGCGGAUCACGGCGGUCGUCGCACCGAACACGGUGCUGAUCGAGGAGACGAUCACCCUUCAGCCGCCGCUCAGCUUUCAGGACGCCCCGCUGAGUUACGGGCACGAGGCCAGGCCGGAUCUCUUCUAUACGGCCGACCUGGCCGCCGACUCGACGACGCAUUUCAGGCCAAUUAAGGACGACGUGGAGCUCGUGGAACGCGUCAACGGCAACCACGAGGACUUCCGCGAGGCGACCUGCGUCUCCGGCACGGAGAGAUGCAACGGCGACAGAUCGUCGCCGCCGCCGUUGCCGGCUAGAAAUCACGUUAAUAGGAUCUGCGUGAAUCAGACGCAGCAGGCGAGCGAAUCGGGAAACGAGGCACAUUCGCGAAUCUCCGCGACGGUGCCGGUCUCCCCCGAGAGAGAACUUCCGGAAGCUCCUGUAUUACCGCCGAAACCGUUGCCGAGAAAAGACGUUAAGGCCAGACGGAAAAGACCACCUCCGCCGCCUCCACCGCCGACUAUAACGCCGCGAAGAGAAGUUAAACCUUCGUCGUCGAACGAAUCUAAUCACGUAACGAAAAAAGAAAACGAGCAUCUCUCUCAAGGUAAAAGCACAGAACACGGUCGAUCAGAAAAUUGCAAUUCGUCGAAUAAAAAUAACGAAAUUCUCGACGGAAAGAAUAAAAAAAUUGAAGAUUUAAAUAGCAAUCUCGAGAAAAAGCCAGACGUGAAAGAUGCUUGCCUUAAUGAGAAAGACAAAAUUGCAAAGGAAGAAGAUACACAGACGAAUAAAGUCUUUGAGAUUAUCGAGAUCAGAGUGGCCAAAGGUUUGCAGUCUGAUCAGAAGAAGAAUAUUGUAAAAAAUAAGCCAAACAACGCGAUGGAAACUGUAAAUUACGAAAAUAAUAAAGUUACAGAUCAAGUAACUAGUAGAAGCGAACAAGAUCAAUUGCAAACGACGAAUAAAAUUCUCUCGGAGCAUCAAAACUCAAACUUAGAAUCAGUCGGUAAACACAUUGACGAAUCAAAUAAUGAAGAGGAAAAACAUGCACAAUCAGAAAAUUCUUAUCAAGAAGAAACUAGGACAAAUGAUCAGGAUACUUUUAAGGAAAUAUUUCCGGUAAACGCGGAAAGCACUUUGUCGUCCGAUAAUUCUACAGUGCGAGAGAACGAGGAUAACGAAACUUAUCGAUCGCUUGACGUGGUGAACGACGACAUAAAAAAUCCAAAGAUAAAUCGGAUAUUAGACAACGAGGAAGUGACGGAGGAAGAAGACACCACCGACGAAAGUGACGACGGCGAUUAUUAUUGGCAAAGUAAUCUCGCUACCAUUGGCGAAGAGGAAGAAACUUCCCUGGAAUAUGUAAACGCUAACGCAGACGUGAAUGAUUCCAGCGAGCGUACGGCGGAGCCGGAAGAAUCGUCUCCUGCGAUCAAGAAAGAUGCGUUCGUUAAAAACGUGCGAGAUGACGAAGCAGUCCGCGUGAGCAAGAUUGCAGAAUACACGGAGGAGGAAAGCAAGAACCCGAACAAAGACACGGUAAAUGGUAAGAUGGAGAAUUGCGGAGGCGGUCAGCGCCUGCCCCCGGACGGGGACGAAUUUCCAGCUGCGUACCAAGAAUUCAGCAACAGUAACAACCAGCCAUCGUAUAGAUAUAUCGCCGCGACAAGGACGGCGACGAUAACCACGAAUAUCGGAGGAUUGUGCAACGAGAACGAAUCGUUCCAUGCCGGCGAGGCUCUUAAAAUGCUCGCGAACGACAGCAACGUUGUCGGUUCGAGGAGCAUUAUUCUAUCCGAUAGCAAGAUGACGUUCACAGGCGGUGAAAACGUGAGGCAGGAUAUAAACAAAGUCGCUUUGGCAAAUAUGGAGAGCGUCCGAUCCGAGAUGGGCAAGGCUGUGACGGCCACUGUGGAUAAUAUAUGUCAAGACGUGAAGUCCACCGAGAUUACUAACGAGGAGAAAAAAUCGUCUUAUCACAGUUCGGAAGAUAACGCGAAGAAAAACGCUCCCACCGUCACGGGCAGUUCUCUUUAUUCUUGUCAGACCAACAGCAAUUUAAUGAUGAGCGAGAAGAAAACGGAGAUUGCCGGAUAUUGUCACAAGGACGUGGUGACGAUCGACGAAGUGCCAAGCCACGUGGAAAAGGACACGCCUGUUGAUAUCCCGCCGCCUCUACCAUUGACAGGUCCACCGAAAAUGGAGCAAGUGAUUUUGCAUGCGAGAAAUGUUCCUACGAUGGAAUCGCCGCAGAGAAAGUUUUCCUUGAACGGCGAUCUGUGGAGGCAGGACGACAAGUCCGAACGAUCUGUUCGAGACAAGAUCGCCAUGUUCUCGUCGCAGAGCAGCCUUGACGCGCCCGUAUUCCCCAAUGUUAUGACAGCGGCGGCAGCUACGAACAGCAGCAAACGUCUGUCCAAGUACAAGUCCUCCGAAGACGUUUACUGCGAUGACAAGAGCAACGGUCAGAAGGAGAGGCCGUCCUUUUUCGCCGACAGGACGCAAAGCUCCUUCGACCUCACCGAUUCGGCCAAGAGCACCACAGGGAAUGAUUCCGUGAAGAAAUACAGCCUGAGAACGCCUAGUUUACCUCAGACCACUCUGCCUACUCUGUUGAGUCCAACUGUCCAAACUGCAAGAGUUCCAAAGACGCUACCGAUCAUUCCGCCGAAAACUACGUCGCUGCCCAGCCCGUUGUCAUCUUCGUUCGACAAGCAAAAUUUCUUAAAUAUGACGAUGAAAAAUUAUAGUCCGAACACCACCGAAAAUAGCAACUUGCCGAAUUCCGUGUACUCGAAUAUCGAUAAAACUGUAAGCCCUUGUAAUAAUUCUAACAACUCGAUCAAGACAACGAGCACGCCUUUACUGACGCGAGCCACCAGCUUUUCGGCACCUUUCGCGCAAGAUCGAAAUACUCUGACAACCGAUUCCAUCAAUAACUCACAAAUCUCGAGAACGAAUUCCUUGGCGUCCACCUUCAGACGACCCGGAGAAGACGCGAGGAGGAGCAGCUUGAACCAAUUAAUCGAGCAGAGACGAAGAUCGAUAUCGAAACUACGUGGUCUGGUUAUACCGGAAAAAGAUACCGUGCCAAUCGAUCAACCUAUCAUCGAUCUACCGGAAAUUAAAUCACGAGAUUCGAUAUUAUUACAUCAGAUAUCAAAGGCAAACAUUCAGGACAAAUGGGGAUCGCAAAGUUCCUUGACAAGCAACGCCAGCACGGCGAGCCAGCCCUUGAAGGCGACGACGUCCUUCAAGAUGCCGGCGCCUCAGAUACAUUCCAAGUAUUCUCCGGCUUUCAAGAGAAAGUCCCUGACGGUCUACGGCACGUCAGUGACGACAAGCUCCUCGAUAAACGGCAACAGCCCGACUCUUAAAAAUUCUCAACCGACCGCGACGUUUUCGGAGCCACCGAAAAGCCUGGAAAGUAUCUGCAGCCCGACGAGAAGCGAUUACAGCUUCGAGUUCGCCUCGACCACCAGCUCGCCGGACGGCUCGCGUACCAGACCGAGGACGAUGCAGAGGAAGGCUCGCUUGGAUUACGACGAUUCCGACAACGAUUCGGCCGUUAGUAGCUCUCAGAGCAGCAUAUCCCGCGGCUUCAGUCCGCCGAUGUCUCCGGUACCGUCGGAAAGAUCCACCAUUUCGUCGGAGAGAUCCUACGUUUCCACGGAAUUAAAUUGCCCGCGUCGGCCCUUGAUCGCGGACAGUCUGAGCAGAAUCUCGAUCGCGCGGGAUGUCCGAGAUCCUAUUGCCGCGUCCGAUAAAGAUCAAUUCGCCUCCAGAAUAGGCGUUCUCGGUGAACGUGCGUACUUGGCCGAGAGAUCGUCUUCCAGCAGCAGCGGUUCGAAUCCACGCUCGCCGCAGCCGAACGAGUUCAUUUCGAGGAACUCGCAGAUCCCUCAGAGACAGCUGAGGCGGUCGAACAGCACCGACACGAACUGCAGCACGUCCUCGACGCUUACGUCCGGAUCUCAGGCCAGCGCCGAGUCCCUGUCUCGAAGAGUAUUGAAGCCGCAGAGUGUUGAGGCGAUAAAUCGGAAGAACAUUUUGGCCAGCGCUAGAUGCCGCAGCGGCAGAGAUCUCAACGGAUCGCCGCUGAUCCAACGAAAGUUCUCGGAUGACGAAGACGCCGCGAGGGGAGCCGUCGAGAACGGCGGUGCCAUUCAUCAGAUGGGCAAUAACUUGGAGAACGAUGCCGCGAGCAAACAAGACAUCAAGAUCGCCUACAUAGAAGUCGCGGAUCCCUUCGCGGAGGACGAAGAUUCGUUUCAGAAGAAAGAGGAGAAACCUAAAUUGCCGCCGAAAAUGAGCUUUCCACCACCGGCCGCUAGACCGCCCAAGUCCGAAAUGUUAGAGCCGUCAAAUGACCUCAAAAUGUGGGUUCGAGCGGAGGCGAAGACUUUGGCGCGAUCCAUGGAAGAAAAAGUGAACAAUAAGUACGACAAGAGUCCGUCCAUCGCAGCUCAAAAUUUGGAAACUUCACCCAUCGUUCGCGCAACGAGAAACAGUUGUGGCUCUACAUUCAACGAGCCUGUUAGUACAGCUUCCAAUGGUGAUUUGUCUUCAAAGAACAGAACUAUGGUAAACGAAACGAAGAUCGCCAUGGUGGAAAAAAUGCAAGGCAGAGCAAGUUUAACUCCCAGAAAAAACACGGAAGAUCAAAACGAUCUCUUGACAAUUUUAACGACAAAGAGCCGCUCCAGAUCAGCUAUUCACGUCGACGAGGGCACUUUCGGCAGAUCGAAGAGCCAGAUGAGCCUCGAGGAUAUUCUCGGCGCUAAGUCAGAUUUGAAGUUACUCCGCGCACAGAGUAUGGAGCCGAAAGUCGAGAAGAACGGCACGAUAACAACGAGCUCGCCGAUAAAAUCAGCUUGGGACGUGAAGGAAAAUCGAUACGGUCGAAGAGGCUCCAUCACAUCGAAUGAUUCCUGGUCGGAGGACAGAACCUUCAUCUCGAAGAUACCUACUUUGGGAAGAAACAAGGCUGUCGACAGCGGCGACGAGACGUCGGAAAGCGUGGAAAGAAUGAGAAGCGUGACAGCGUCGAAGAUCCCGACCUCCCGUAGCUUGAAUCGACGCAGCGUCAGCGUUACGGAUAUGAAGAAGGCCCUAGAGAAGACUGACGUGAGUCCCGUGCAUGGCCAGUUACAGCAGAACGCCGGCAGUAGCGCCCACAAUCGAUUUCCAAGUCUGGACAGCAGCGUGGACGAGAACAUCGGCACGGAGACGGAGGCCGACAGAUGCUACGGCGAGCAAUUCGGCAGUAUCAGUUCACUGGCCAGCAGCACCAGCCUGAUCUCGCAGCAGGAGCUGGCGCAGCUCGUCGAGGAGGCGAGCUUGGAGGAGGCACGUGGGGCGCACGACGUCAUAGUUGUUUUGCUGCACAAGGAGAACCCGACGGGCAGCGUCGGCAUCACUCUGGCCGGCGGCGCGGAUUGCGAGGUGAAGGAGAUCACAGUUCACCGAGUACUGACGCACUCCAUCGCGGACAAGGACGGCCGGGUGCAGAGGGGCGACAGGAUCCUCAGCAUAAACGGCCGUAGCACGCGAGGUCUCACGCACAGGGAGAGCAUGGCGGUGUUGAAGCAGCCGAGGUCGGAAGUCGUGCUGGUCGUGUCGAGAGUCAGGAUGGAGGAAGGCUGUAAGCUGAGAUCGCGGACCGCGAGUGUCGAAACCAUCGUUGAGGGGUUAGAGACGAAUGGAAACGUGGAGGACACCGCGUGGGGACCGCCGUCCACCGUGGCGGUCUACAAGGAUGGAGCUGGUCUAGGAUUCAGUCUGGAAGGCGGUAGGGACAGUCCCCUCGGGGACAGACCUCUGAUCAUCAAGAAGAUAUUCACCGGGGGUGCUGCCGAGAAAACGGGUGCCUUAAAAGCGGGGGACCAACUGCUCGAAGUAAACGGUAACGAUGUAACACGAAUGUCGAGGAUAGAAGCGUGGUCAUUGAUGAAAAAGCUACACGACGGUGAAGUGAAUCUCCUAGUCAGGCAUCCUGCCACCAAAUCCUCGUGAAAAAUACGAAAUCCCAAUCGUAUGAUGAUAAAGACGGAAUGUAGGAAUGUGCCAAGCAAGCGACUGGAUAAUGUUUCGAUCGAUAUUUGUUACAUAGGCUUAAUGAUUAAUAAGGUAUGUUAUUAAUUUGUUUUCUUCAAGAGAUUUUUAAAUGCGAAUCAAUAUCACACGCGAGAGGCUUGCUCUGUCGAGCCUUGUAAAUUCGAAUGAUGUCUCGCUGCUCAGUCGAAAUCAGAACGCAAUCUCGCCGAUUUAUAAAUAUUAGAAAUAAUUUAGAGCAUCUAUAAAUAAACCGAUAGCUAUCACUGCUCUAAUAAUCGCCUAGCUAUCCGUUAUAAAAUCAACAGACAGCUUGUUAAUUAAUAAAAAAUAAAAAUGGCAAGCCUGUAAUUUACUGAUUUCCGAUCAGGUGUCUCACUUUCAUCAAAUAUCUUGUGCUUAUAUAAAUAGCGAUAAAAUAACACAUGCUUCCUAAAUAACAUGCAACUUUACGGUACAUAACAGACGUAACUGCAUAUUCAUUGCAAUAAAAUCCGUAGCGCAAGAAGAAAUCUAACUGUUGCAAAUUUCUAAUCUAAAUCGGCAAUACAAAGUGCAAUAUCGUACUCGAAUGCAGCGAUUAAAGGUGGAAUAAUAUCUUCGUUCUAUAAAUUUUAUCGAGAAAAGCAGCGAUAUAUCUUAUCAGUAUCAGUGUAAUGUAGUUAUAUAUUUUAACGGCAAAGUAUACACGGGAAUUUCGAUGUAUGCCAUACGCAAGUGAACUAAUGUUACUGAAAUGAAAUAGGUAGGCAAUGUCAAUAAUCAUUUAAUUAAAGCGAUACGUCAUUGAUGCGAAUUGCUCAUACGACAUUAAUUCCAUAGUGCCGGCCGUGCAGUAAUAGUUCGAAUUAAGGAUUUGCGACAAGCAAAAUAGCUGAGUAAAUAAUUGAAGUAUGAGCCUGAUUGUAGAUUGCCUAUUUCUAAUCGACCCUAGCUACCCUGUCGCCUAUCCCUAUUAUAGUGGUUCCUGUUUUUUACUUAGAAUACAAAUAACAAAAUAUUUUCGUACGAAAUGGCGAACAGAACCAAUAGGCCGUUACAGCUCUGAGAAAAAGAGAAAAAAAGA